AUGGGGCUUGAUGUUCAGCUUUUCCGUGAUGAAAAGGCGGCGGACCUCAUCCGCGAGUCUCAACGCCGGCGCUUUGCAGAUCCCGCCGUUGUGGACGCCGUACUGGAGGUAGACAAGAACUGGCGGCGCACGCAGUUUCUGACGGAGGUCUGCAACAAGCUCAUCAACGCCUGCAGCAAGCUUGUCGGGGCGAAGAAGAAGGCAAAGGAGACCGACGGGGACUCCUCCGAGGUUCCCGAGGCGAUCCGAGCAGCCUGCAAGGAAGGGGAGCUGAACCCGGACCAACUCAAGGAGCUCUGUGUGCUGCAGCUAAAGCAGCUGUCGAAGGACCUCUCCGACCAGGUGGCGGGGCUCGCGAGGGAGGCGACCGAGCUGGUGGCGAAGCGGGAUGGCCUGGUGCUCAGCGUUGGAAACAUCAUUCAUGAAUCCGUUCCUGUGGCGCAAGAUGAGGAUACGGGCAACACCGUCGUGCGCACCUUUGGUGACGUGAAGAAGCGAGCAAAACUCAAUCAUGUGACGAUCAUGGAGCGUCUGGGGAUGAUGGACACAACAAAGACGGUCACCUCCAUGGCUGGUGGGAGGGCCUACGUGCUGAAGGGUGGACUCGUUCAGCUACAUUUGGCGCUCCUGUCGUAUGGCAUGAACUUUCUCGUCAGCCGGGGCUAUACCCCGUUUUACCCACCCUUCUUCCUCAACAAGGAUGCCAUGUCGGAGGUGGCGCAGCUCUCGCAGUUCGAUGAAGAGCUCUACAAGGUUACGGGCGAGGGCGAUGAGAAGUACUUGAUCGCCACGAGCGAGAUGCCCAUCGCGGCGUACCACCGCGGUAAGUGGUUUUCAGAGCUGAAGGCGCCGCUGAAGUACGCUGGAAUGUCGAGUUGCUUCCGCAAGGAGGCCGGCGCUCACGGCCGUGACACGCUCGGCAUCUUCCGCGUGCAUCAGUUUGACAAAUUGGAGCAGUUUCUUGUGUGCUCCCCACGGGAGGGGGAGUCCUGGCGGCACCUUGAGGAGAUGAUUCGCACCUCUGAGGAAUUCUGCGAGAGCCUUGGGCUGCCGUACCGCACCAUCAACAUUUGCUCUGGGGCGCUGAAUAACGCGGCUGCCAAAAAGUACGAUCUUGAGGGCUGGUUCCCCGCCUCGGGGGCCUUCCGCGAGUUGGUGUCGUGCUCCAACUGCACAGACUACCAGGCGCGCGGUGUGAAUUGCCGGUUUGGCCCAAACAUGCGUAACGCGUCGGCAACCAACGUGAAGGAGUACUGCCACAUGCUGAACGGUACACUGUGCGCCAUCACGAGAACGAUGUGCUGCAUCUGUGAGAACUACCAAACAGAGGAAGGCGUUGUCAUUCCCGAUGUGCUGCGCCCAUACAUGAUGGGUGUAGGGAUGCUGAAGUUUGAGGACAGCGUGCCGCCCACGGAAGGGACGGAGUAA